UUGCGUGUCGGCGGUGACGUCAGCGCCCCACAUUGAGCGUGCGGAGUAGUAGUGCGCGAGAUAGACGGAGGCGCGCGCUUGCAAAGUACACACUGCCAUGAACUUCUGUUUGUGACUUCAUUGUUGUUGCUCUUGUCGUCGGGAGGGAACGCUUCUUUUUUUUUUUAUAGUGGUAUUUUCUGUUUCUACAACAAGCAAGAGAAAUCGGGGGACAUUUGGAAGAAGCGCUGCUGGUUUUUUGCAAACUUUCGCGAUGUCGUCCGCGACAGUUGCUGCUUCCCGGAGGCAGUCGUGCUAUUUGUGCGACCUGCCCCGCAUGCCGUGGGCCAUGAUCUGGGAUUUCACGGAGCCCGUGUGCAGGGGAUGUGUCAACUACGAGGGCGCGGACCGCAUCGAGUUCGUGAUCGAGACCGCGCGGCAGCUGAAGCGCGCCCACGGCUUCCAAGAGGGCCGCUCCCCGGGUCCGGGGAAGCAGUCUCUCUCGGGGAAGGAGAUCCAGUCCAUGAACCACGCCGCGGGAGACCCCGGAUCGCGACCGCCGCAGCCUCUGGACCGCUACCCGCUGGCCUCGGAUCGGCCGCCGAGGCUCGGUCCCGAGUACCAGCCCGGGAGGCCGGCGAACGGCAUCCCCGUCCCCAACGGAUUCCCCAAACCAGACGACCCCCCGGAGUUGAACCGACAGAGCCCCAACCCCCGCAGGACUACCGCCGUACCGCCAAAUCUCGUGCCUUUGGUUAACGGAGCCAUGCAGCCCGUGCACGCGCUCAACGGCAGACCCGCGCAGAUGGGCAUUCCGGGGACUCUGGCGGCGCCGCCGGGCGCGGGCGAGCUGAGCGCAAAGCGGCCCGAGGACGCGAAGGACAAGCACCGCGCGGACGGCUUGCCGGACAUGGGCGACGCGCACAAGAGGCCCGACGAGUGGAUGAGCAAGAGCAAAACGGUGCGGGACCUGAUGGCUUUCCACACCUUCGACAGCAGGUUCAAGAAGGACAGCGGCGCCAUGCACCCCAGGGUGCUGGGCUAUGAGACGAGCGCCGCGACGUCCAAACCAGAGAGGGGAAAACAUCCCCGCAACAUCAAGAGGAAGGCGUCCCCGGAACCAGAAGGCGAGAGCACGGCAGCCAAGCUGAACGGCGAGAGUCAGCCGUGGCUGCCUCCCCCCGCCGGGCCGCCGCCCAGCUUCGCCACCUCGCCGUCUACCAUCUCGCCGCACUCGCGCACCACCCCGCCCGAGGUGGCGCAGAACGGCCAGUCGCCCAUGGCGGCGCUUAAGCUGGCUGCAGAUAACGCCGGCGGCAACAGCUCGCCCAAGGAUGGCAACCAGGUGCACUCGACCACCCGGCGGAACAGCGGCAGCCCCCCGUCGCCGUCGCCCAGCGGCCCGCGACGCCUGCCUCAGAGGGACAUGCCGGGCGCCGGGACGCCCCAUGGCCCGGGGGUGGACCAGGUGCACCCGCAGAGCAUUCCGGACUCCUCGGUGCCAGGCAGCGUCCCCCUUUGCUGCACGCUGUGCCAUGAGCGCCUAGAGGACACGCACUUUGUCCAGUGCCCAUCGGUGCCGUCGCACAAGUUCUGCUUCCCGUGCUCCAGGGAGAGCAUCAAGCAGCAGGGUGCUACCGGGGAAGUGUACUGCCCCAGCGGGGAGAAGUGUCCCUUGGUGGGCUCAAAUGUACCGUGGGCAUUCAUGCAAGGUGAAAUAGCCACCAUCCUUGCAGGAGAUGUCAAAGUGAAAAAGGAGAGGGACCCUUGAUCUUUUCUUAAAAAAAAAAAAAAAGAAAAAAAAAAUCAUUAAAUGAAUAUAAAUUACAUGCAUACCAUCCAAACAAAACUAAUGGACUUGUACAUAUUGGACGCAAGGGAAGUGUAUACUUCGUAAACAUGGCUGUAUAAUUUUUGAUUUUUUUUUUUUUGAAUACAUUGUGUUUCUAUAUUUUUGAAGAUAAAAAGGUAUGUACUCAUUAUAAUGGACUACUUUUUCCUUCCUUUUUUUUGUUGAUGUUAAGCAAAAAUUAUCAAUGUACUUUUAGGUCUGGUGGCAGUUCAUGUUAAACAUAGAAUGUGACAAAUGCUACUCAAUGAGCACUUGGCAAACCUGAAACGCUUUUAGCUGUAUUGUAUGCACUUGUUUAAAAUUGCCAAAUACAAUUUCUGACCUUGUAAUAAUAA